UCCUCCGUAGUGAAAGCAGAGCGUUAUCACUAGACAUCAACUUUUAUUAACAGAGAGAGUAGGUCGUUAUUACACAAAAAACAUUUCAACGGAACUGUUUAUGUUUGUACAAGUAGACUCUGCUGGGCUUUGUAACUUGUAAGGAAAGGAACCAGCUCGAUUUGUCUUCAUCUACGGAACUAUCUGCUACAACCGGACAACUGAGCUCCACUUUUGACAUUUCUGAAGAUUCUUCAUGAGUGGAGUUUGAGCUCUCCGGCGGGGAAACUGCGCCACGCUGCCAUCGAGGAGAACUCAUUUUCUGCAUCCCGAGACACGCGCAGCUUCAACAUUAUGACGGCGCGGGUCAUCCCAUUCUCUUUAGUCCUCUCCUUUUGCUGCAUGGUCUCUGCUGGUCCAUUGUCCCGUAGCCCAUGUGAGCUGCUGCCUCUCGGGAAGGGGCACCCUGUGCAGGCCCUGCUGAAGCUCUUCACUGCGUUGUCAGGCUGUGCCAGCAGAGGCACCACAACCCUCCGCCAGGAAGUGCACAUCAUCAACCUGAAGAGCAACAGGCCUGAGAGGACUGAAGUCAGGCGGACUGAGGUGGUUCUUCAACUGAAGCCCAUCCAGUCCCUCCCGGAGCACCGUAAGCCCCUGGUCUUCCUGCUGAACUCUCCCCGGCCCAUGCUGUGGCACCUGAGAACCAAGAAGCUCGCUCCGCACAUCCGGCGCACCUUCCUCGUGUCCAAGGGUUCGAAGGUCCAAUUUGAGCCGGGGAAUUUUUCCCAGUCCUGUGAGGUGGAGGAGGUGACUCUUCCUCAUGAGAACGAGCAGCUUCUGACCUGGGCCCAAGACAAGUACGAAGCCGUCACCUCCUUCUCCGAGCUCAAGGUCGCCAGCAACAUCUACAUCAACGUGGGAGAAGACCCCGUGUUUCCUGCCACCUGCAAGAUUGACAACAACUUCCUGUCCGUGAACUACCUGGCGAGCUAUGAGGAUCCAAAGCCGUCGAGGGGCUGCAUUCUUUCGGGCCCCGGCCCGGAAGGCGAAGUCCACAUCAUCGAGCUGCAGGCCCCCAACUCCAGCAGUGCCUUCCAGGUGGAUGUGAUCGUGGACAUCGCCCCCCUGGACGGACACGGGCCCCUCCAAACGGACUUGGUGCUCCUGCUUAAGUGUGAUAAAUCCGUCAACUGGGUGAUCAACGCCCGUGAUGUCACCGGCAAGCUGGAAAUCCUGUCCCCAGACAGUGUGAGCCUGGGCUCUGACACGACGAGGCUGAUGCAGGUGCCCAAGACUCCCCGGCAGCAGCUCCCUUCUGGCCCCCAGGAGCUGAUCCAGUGGGCCCAGGAGCACGGCUACAGCCCGGUCACCUCCUUCACCCACACGGCUGUGGCCAACCACUUCAACCUGCGGCUGAGGGAGCCAGAUACGUUGGAGGGAACACCAAGGUUUUUCCCUCCAGAUCUGACCAUCCCGUUUAACCCCUACCCCGGCCCUGGGACCUCUGCCGGCCGUUCGCUUCCCUUUCCCUUCCCCUACCUGCCCCUGCCCCCGGAGGAGCCGGAGGAGCAGCUGGGCAGCCUGGACAUUGGCCUGAGCGUGAGGUGUGAGCACAACAGGAUGGUGGUGAGCUUGGACAAGGAGAGUCUCCAGGUGGCCGGCUAUGAAGGAGCUGAGCUCACGCUCAAGGAUCCUUCCUGUCAGGCCAGGUUGAACGCCACUCACUAUAUCCUGGAGACCCCACUGACCGGCUGCAUGACCGCCGUGCUCAAGUUCCCAUCCAGCCCCAUGGCCACCUACAUGAACUCGGUUGUGAUUAACCGACUGGAUCCUGGCGAUGGGAGCGGCUGGCCAGGGGAUGACGAGAACAUGGAGUCGGGAGACCACGGCUUCCCUGUCGACGCGGAGGGAAUGCUGAGGGACGCAUUCCUUGGACUCACGGAACCAAGGCCCGCUCACAUCCCGUUUAACUGCUCAUACAGGAAGCUGCAGGAUCCCCCAAAAUCCUUCCCUGGGCUUCAACACAACAUGAAGAUACCCUGGCAUAACAACAUACUGUUCAACAUGGAGCUGUAUCACUCACACCUCUUCCUCCAUCCUGCAUCCCAGGGCUUCCUCCAAGUCUCCGAAAACAAGUCCUUCUUUGUGGAGGUCACUACAAACAAUACUGACGUGGAACUCGGAUUCAUGAUCCGAACGUGCUUCGUCUCGAACAGUCCCGACGCCAACGCGCCCUCCGACUACACCCUCAUCGAGAACGUGUGCCCCCAGGACGACUCGGUGGAGUACUACCCCCAAGAGACGGACCUACCGGUCCCCCACGGUGACGCUGGCAGGAAGAGGUCCCGUUUCACCUUCAGGUCGAAGUUAAACACGUCCCUGCUCUACCUGCACUGCGAGAUGUCGCCGUGUGCCAGGAGUCCCCUGAACAGAUACGGACUGCCGGAGUGUAUACAGCCAGACCAGGCCUGCCUCUCUUUCAGCCCGGACAAGAUUAUGUCCAUGAUGCCAUUCAUCAAGACCUCAACCAAACGGCUGGUGGGGACACCUGAGCAACAACAGCCAGAGCCGCAAACUCCAACCAGCAGGACGUUUGUCCCCCAGCCUCCUGGAGAAAAGGAACCAAGCAUAGUGUAUGUCCUGGACACGCCCACUGUGGUUGGGAUCGCAUUUGCGGCCUUUGCGAUCGGAGCUCUCUUAACGGGGGCGUUGUGGUUCAUAUACUCGCACACAGCAGGUGAGGCGGCAGGGCGUCAGCAGGUGGAGAAGUGUCCGCCGGCGUCAGAAAACAGCAGCGCGGCGCACAGCAUCGGCAGCACCCAGAGCACGCCCUGCUCCAGCAGCAGCACCGCCUAGUCCGGCCCCCACGGGCCACGCGGGCCGCCCCGCUAAUGCUGACUCUCCCGGGACCAGAGGGGUUUCUGGCCGGGUUCGAUUUCCACGAUGGAAACG